GGUGUUGAGCCUGAUCCACAUCCUGCCCUGUCGCCCUCACUCGGGACCCCCUCCCAGGCUUGAUCUCCAUCGCUCCUAUAUAAAGUAGAGCAGUCGGGGUGCUGGGCCCCCUCGAGCCCCAGCAGGACCCCCCCAUGGAGCAGGAGAGAGUGGGGAGCUCUGUCCCUGCGCAGGGGGCUUUAGGGGAGCCCAGCACCCCCAGAAGAGCAGGGAGGGGGGCGGCACGAGGCUGUGCCAUCGGCUCGGGGUGACCUUGGGUGAGUGCUGCCUCCCGGGCAGCCUCCCGCCGUGCCUCAGUUUCCCCUCUGCUAGCUGAGGCCGUGACCCGGGGGAUGGGGUGCAGAAGGGAGACCCCCCCCCAGUGCUGGGUGCUGCACCCACCAUGGGGAGCACGGGACGGGGGGGGGGGGAAAUGGGGACAUACAACCUGCGACGAGUGACCCCCCCCUGUGGGGACACCCACCUCUGCUUGUCCCCAGUGCCUGGGAAAGGUGGGGGACGAUGGCGGCACAUGUGGCACCGCUGUCCCCCCCCGGAUCCCCACAACCCAGUCCUUUCAGGUAGCAGGCUGGCCCCAGUGAGGCCAAAUCCUGCUCCGGGGGUGCACUGCGAGGGGGCUGAGGUGGAAUAUGGCUGAGCCCCCCCCAUCCCAUCCCACUGCGAUGGGGAAGGGGGACAUUGGCUUGGGGGGGGGUCCCCUCUGUGUGUCCCUCCCCGGCGAUUUUAGCCGCGAUUUAGGGCCUGAGCUGGUGACACUAGAGGGCAGCUCCCUGCUCCACGCCCCGCCGGAGGGUGCAGGAUCUAUCCCUGGAUUCCAGGGCCCUGGAAGCGCCGUGUCCGUGUGUCCGCCCGUCCCUCGGCUGUGGGUGCUGCUUGGAGCAGCGGUGGGUGCCCACCUGCACCAGGGGACACCAUGAGGCCACCACCCCCCCGCACCCCCCUGGUGCUGCUGCUGCUGCUCUGGGUGCAGGGCACGGCCCGAGGCACCUUCCCCGAGGAGCCUGGGCCCAUCGCCGUGGCCCCCCAGGACUACGUGAAGCACUACCCCGUGUUCGUGGGCCAUGGCAUGAGCCGCUCGCCCGGCCCCGAGGCGGGGGGCCCCCCACGCCUCAACAUCCAGCGCAUCCUCAAGGUCAACAGGACCCUCUUCAUCGGGGACAGGGACAACAUCUACCGCAUCAGCCUGGAGCCCACUGGAGCCAGUGAGAUGCGCUACCACCGGAAGCUGACGUGGCACUCGAACCAGCACGACAUCAGCAUCUGCAGGAUGAAGGGGAAACACGAGGCAGAGUGCCGCAACUUCAUCAAGGUGCUGCUGGUGCGGAGCAAGAACCUGCUCUUCGUCUGCGGCACCAACGCCUUCAACCCCAUCUGCGCCAACUACAGCAUGGACACACUGGAGCCCAUUGGGGACAACAUCAGCGGCAUGGCCCGGUGUCCCUAUGACCCCAAGCACGCCAACGUGGCCCUCUUCACAGGGGGGAUGCUCUUCACCGCCACGGUGACCGAUUUCCUGGCCAUUGACGCCGUCAUCUACCGCAGCCUUGGGGACAGCCCGACCCUCCGCACCGUCAAACACGACUCCAAAUGGUUCAAAGAGCCCUACUUUGUGCACGCUGUGGAAUGGAGGAGCCACAUCUACUUCUUCUUCCGGGAGAUCGCUAUGGAGUUCAACUACCUGGAGAAGGUGGUGGUGUCCCGGGUGGCCCGAGUGUGCAAGAAUGACAUGGGGGGCUCGCAGCGGGUGCUGGAGAAGCAGUGGACGUCCUUCCUCAAGGCCCGGCUCAACUGCUCCGUGCCGGGAGACUCUCAUUUCUACUUCAAUGUCAUCCAAGCUGUGACCGACAUCCUGGAGCUGGAUGGGCGCCCCGUGGUGCUCGCUGUCUUCUCCACGCCUGCCAACAGCAUUCCCGGUUCGGCCGUUUGUGCCUUUGACAUGACCCAAGUGGCCGCUGUCUUCGAGGGACGUUUCAGGGAGCAGAAGUCACCCGAGUCCAUCUGGACGCCUGUGCCCGAGGACAUGGUGCCAAAGCCCCGCCCCGGGUGCUGCGCGUCCCCCGGGAUGCGCUACAACUCCUCCAGCUCCUUCCCGGAUGAGAUCCUCAACUUCGUCAAGACGCAUCCACUGAUGGAUGAGGCGGUGCCAGCGCUGGGCAAUGCGCCCUGGAUCCUGCGCACCAUGAGCCGGUACCAGCUCCGCAAGAUCGUGGUGGACAACGCGGCGGGGCCGUGGGGCAACCACACCGUGGUGUUCCUGGGCGCCAGCACAGGCACCGUCCUCAAGUUCCUCAUCCAGCCCAACGCCAGCUCCAGCCCCACGCCCGCCAUUCCCGGCAGCCAGAGCGUCUUCCUGGAGGAGUUCGAGACCUACCAGCCUGGGAGGUGUGGCCGGGACACGGUGGACGAGCGGCGGCUGCUGGGGCUGGAGCUGGACAAGGCGGCCGGGUCGCUGCUCUUGGCCUUCCCGCCGUGCGUGGCCAGGGUGCCGGUGGCCCGCUGCCAGCAGCACUCGGGCUGCAUGAAGAACUGCCUCGGGAGCCGGGAUCCCUACUGCGGAUGGACACCGGAGGGCUCCUGCGUCUUCCUGGAGCCCAGCCCCAGGGUGGCCUUUGAGCAGGACAUCACCGGCGGCAGCACGUCGCAUCUGGGCGAGUGCGAGGGGCUGGUGACAGAAAGCUUCGUGGACGAGCCGGACGGGCUGGUGUCGGUGAACCUGUUGGUGAUCUCCUCCGUGGCCGCCUUCGUCAUCGGCGCCGUCAUCUCCGGCUUCAGCGUGUGCUGGUUCAUCGGGCACCGGGACCGCAAGGAGCUGGCGCGGCGCAAGGACAAGGAGACCAUCCUGGCACACAGCGAGUCCGUGGUGAGCGUCAGCCGCUUGGGCGAGCGCCGGGCACGCACCGGCCAACCCGGUGCCCUGCUGGCCCCGCUCAUGCCCAACGGGUGGCCAAAGGACUUGGGGAAGGUCACCCAACACGACCUGGACUCGGGGGUGCUGCCCACGCCGGAGCAGACCCCGCUGCAGCAGAAACGCUGCCCCGGAGCGCUCCAAAACUGCACUUGGGAGCAGAGUCACAACAUCAUCAACGCCGCGUUGCGGGACCCCGGUGGGUCCGGUACCACCGGCACCGGCGCCGGUCGGCUCCACGCCGGCUCUGCCCGCCCGCCCCGCGGCAUCCCCCUCUCCUGCCACGCCAUCCUGGUGGAUCAGGAGCUGGAGGCUGAACUCAGCGACUCCUCGGGGGAUGGACAUUGGGGUCGGGAGCCUCAAGAGGGUCCCCGCACCCGGCAGCACCCACCCGCCGGCACCCGCCGUCCCCCCCGCAGCUCGUACGGUGACUUCUCCGGCACACCGCACCCCAGCCCCGAGCGCCGGAGGGUGGUUUCAGCACCCGGUGGGGAAGGGGGUGACUUUACCAAGGGGCCGCCUUGGCACCCUGACCAGCUGAACUUCAAUGCCAACAACGGCACGGGCCGCCCCGGCACCCACCUCAAGAGGAACCACACGUUCAACAGCGGCGAGGGUGCUUACGGGAGACACGGCACAGGGGCACGGGCACCCAGCACCGGGCCCCCGCGGGCGCUGACGGACCUGCAGCACCUCCUGCGCUACGGCGUGGAGCGGACUCCCUCGGGGAAAUAGGGUCCCACCGUGUGUGUGUGUGUGUGAGUGUCCCCCAGGACACUGAUGGGGUCCCUGGGGACAAGGAGGAGUGGCCAGGGCAGGAGCUGCGGGCAUGGGGUGAGAUGCUGCAUGGGUGGGGGGGACACACAGGCACCUCCUGGGUAGGGUUUGGGGGUGUCCCCGGCUGGCAGUGGGGCAGUGCCCCACGCUCCGGCUGCUUUGCCCUGGGUCCCAGGGGGGGUCCGUCCAUCCCGUCCCCUCCCCAGGCUGGACCCAGGGAUGCGGCACCUUGGGAGGGGGAUCCCUGGGAGGCAGCAGGAUGGACACACGGACACAGCUGAGGAAGAGCGGGGCUGUGCCCCUCACUCCGCAGCCCCUCGGCUCCAUCAGCUGCACCCAGGCACCCUAAGGAGGGGGCUUACGGGUGCCGCCAGCACCCUGGGGACACCCGGCCCGGGGGUGCUACGGGGGUGCGUUGAUUGUGGUGAUGGGACACGGUGAACUUUUGGGGUGCAGUGGGGCCGGUGAGCCCCCAAAUGUGUGUUAUCUGUGGAUGAGGCACACUCACACCCCUAACCUGAGCCCAGCCCCUGCCCAGAGCCAGCUGGGGGGGCUUAUCCAUCAACCCCUCCUGGAGAGCACAGCCGGGGUGUGGGGGCACCGCUGGGGCUGGGGGGUCCUCACCAAACCCACUCUCUGCUGGCAAAGGGUGCCCUUUUGGUGCCACACCGGGUUGGCGGGUCCCUGGGGGGGGGUGGCAGGUCCCCGGGGGGGUGGCAGGCUGUAAAUAGGGUGGGGGGCGGCGGGCCCCCCCCCGCGGCCAUGCAUGCGGCCGCCCGCGGUCUGUACCCCGCGGCCCCAAUAAACGCCCGUUUACCGGA